UUUAAGUAGUAGGGGGUUUGAGUAUUUAAGUAUUUACACAAUAGUUUACACUGUGUUCAUUGUUAUUAAACUGAACACCUGUCUUAUAUUUUGGAGUCUCUGCUGGAUGACCCGGAAGUGGUAACCCGGAAGAAGAUUUUUGCGUUGUCUAUUUGAGUAGAUAAUGUAGGGUAGUGUUUGUUUUUAAUGUUUCUACUAAAAAAAUGAUAAAUCUAUAUUUCAGGAAACGAUGAAUAUUGUUAGCGGUUGCUGUAGGUUUCGGUAACACAAACGUGUUCUCGCGCGUAAACAGAAAACAGCAGAGAAAGUAGAAGGGGUUUUUUUGAGGGUUUUUUUUUUUCUUUCUUGUGUAAUGAAACGAUGCCGCUGGGUUUAAAGCCAUGUUGUGCUGUCUGCAAGACGAAUUCGUCCUCGAUGUGGAAAAAGGGAAACCAGGGAGAAAUCCUCUGUAACAACUGUACAGCUAAAAGCAGCAUCACAGGAGCGUCAGGACUGACGGUGUCCUCCAGCACACAGCAGAGUAAUGGCGGGGGCAAGCAGUCUAAACAGGAAAUCCACAGGCGGUCAGCAAGAUUGAGGAGCACCAAGUACAAGGCGCCUGCGUCCGAGAAGAAAGUUUCAUCAAAAGGAAAAGGAAGACGGCAUAUUUUUAAACUAAAAAAUCCUAUUAAAGCUCCUGAGUCCGUGUCCACCAUAAUCACAUCAGAGUCAAUCUUCUACAAGGGUGUUUACUAUCAGAUAGGGGAUGUGAUAAAGGUAACAGACGAAGAGGAUGGUAAACCUUACUUUGCACAGAUCCGUGGCUUUGUUCAGGACCAGUACUGUGAGAAAAGUGCUGCAUUAACGUGGCUGAUCCCUACACAGUCGAGUCCAAAAGAUCACUUUGAUCCAGGCACUUACAUAGUCGGUCCAGAAGAGGAUUUGCCCCGAAAAAUGGAAUACCUUGAAUUUGUUUGCCAUGCACCAUCAGAAUAUUUCAAGUCAAGGAGCUCACCAUUUCCAACAAUACCUAUUCGCCCAGAGAAAGGCUACAUUUGGACUCAUAUUGGACCUAUGCCCACUGUGGCAAUCAAAGAAACUGUUGGUUGUAAUUAAAUCUAACUUUAUAAACUGAAAUCAGUAUUUGAAUAAUGAUUAAGGGAGUAUUAUAUUCUUUAUUAUGUCAAUGGCAAAAUGUUCUUUCUCCUGACAUAUAUUCUGAUGUUCCUCUCAGUAUAGUGGUAGUCUAGUGUGGCUACCAUGUGACUGUUUCAUGGUUAGUUUGGUACCAUUUCGGUUAACAAAUGAAAACCUUCUCGGACACAUUUUGGAAAGGCUAACGCCACGUUGUAAUGUACAGUGUAAGGAGAAGACGGCUAGUCCUCUAGAAGACCUUGUUCCUGCCCAGUAUAUUGCAGAAUUCUAAAUAGUUGGACAGACGUCUGUGCUGGAUGUUCAAGCAGAAACUAAUAAUUUGAAAUAAAUUAAAUCAUUUGUCAUUUGUUAAACAGAAAAAUUAAUGAAAUAAAUUCAGAUGGUCCAUUGAUUUUGCCUUUCUGAGAGAUCGACAGUCUAAAUCUCUUUACGUAUGAGGCACGUUAAACAGUGUGGUGGUAAUUAUGUCAGAGAUAUUUCUUUUUGUUAGGCUGUUCUUCUCUCUGGCUUUUUAGACCAUAGAUCAUUCUGUUCUCCUGUUGAAAAUUUGUGUCUUUGUUGCCUUUCAACGGACUAUUAUGGAGUUACUCUAAAUUCACUAGGUAAGUCAAGUGUGAUAUCCUCUCAACUUUCUUGAAUGUUGUUUGAGGCUAUAGUCAACAUUUAUGGCCAAAACUGCUCCUGAUCCAAACAGCAAGGCAUUUUAAUAGUCCAAUUUAAUAAUAACAAAAGCAGGAAGUAGUUUUUCUGCAUCAAAUAACAUCAUAUUUAUUAACAUAAAAAAUGUGUCUAAGAUGAAAAUAGCUGUCAUAGCGAUAUCUAUAUGCCCUUCAAAUGAGAAACUGGUGUCAAAAAUCAAACAAACAUCUUUUACUCCUAUACAUGAUGUAAAGGCCAUCCAGAGUUACUAUAUAAUCAGAAAGCUUUCUUCUAACUGCCUGUGGCCUUGUCUUUUCAGAAUUAAGUAGGAGGCAGUUACUCGGUUACCUAUGUGUCAUUUACACAUUCCUCAACUUUAUUAAGAUGGUGACUGUCAUCUGGUUUUGCUGAAAUAUACAACUGUAUGUCCUCAGCAUUGCAGUGGAAGCUAAAACCAUGUUUACAAAUAAUUGUCCCAGGAGUUAGGAUAUACAUAGGUGGGAAAAACUGAGAGUCUGUAACAAAGUGUGGGGCAUCUAAAUUCCCGACUGAAAUCUUUCAUGUAUGUGAUUCCUGUGCAAGCAUGAGUUUUACUGAGCUAUGGCCAUUUUCUAGGUUACUGGAGAUAAUGUGGAGUUUUGAUAUUGGCCUAUACCAAACUAGGGGUUGCCACCCCAUAUGGGGUCACUUGAUUUACAAAUGUACAAGAAAAACUCCUCUUUUGUUUCAUAAAUUAUUUUACAAAUGAACCGAAGAUGGAUUUUGAGUGCUAAUAUUUUGAAAUGUUACAUAUGUGUGGCAUCUUGGAGUCACAUUCAGAAAAGCCACAUUUAAAUGAAUUGGACAUGUCAUUAUAGUCUUUUUCAUUAUAAUGAUGUACAUUUCUGUCAGAUCAAACCAGUCUGGCCAUUCUCCAUUGACCUCUCUCAUCAACGAAGUGUUUCCAUCCACAGAACUGCUGCUCACUGUAUGCUUAUUCUUUAUGUAUGCUUUUUCUGAGUAAACUCUAGAGAUUGCUGUGUGAAAAUCCCAGGAGAUCAGCAGUUAUCGACAUUCUCAAAUCAGCCCUUCUGACACUCACAAUAAUGCCACAGUCAAAAUUACUGAGAUCACCGCCCCCGACCCCGACCCCAUUCUGAUUCUUGAUGUGACCAUUACCCGAAGCCACUGGCCCGUAUCUGCAUGAUUUUUUGCAUUGCACUGCUGCCACAUGAUUAGAUAAUUACAUGAAUGAGUAGUACAGUGUUCCUAAUUAAGUCCUAGGUGAGAGUACAUUUUAGUUCAAUAUCAAUAUAUCAAAUUGUUGUAUUUUUUUUUUUCUGGAAUUUUUUUUCAAAUUCUUGUAUUUAUAUGAUCACAACUUCCCAAUUCACAGACAAAACACUGUCAUCAGCAACUCACUAGAGGGUGUAGCAGCACACCCAGCAUCCUUACUGCUGAUUGAGGAUGUUUCCAGUUGGCGCAUUCAUAAAAUCUGUAUACUUUGUUGAUUCAUGCCUAAGAAAUACCCAAAUUUACUUUUAAAUUUAAGGCGUAAUGAUUUCUGUAGUCCAUUUAUCUUGUUUCAUGUUAUUUUUCACCUGUUACUCUCUCUGCUUGUCAUAAUAAAGGCAUCAAAAGUGAUGGCUCACAAAAUCGCACUUAAUUUAGAUUGCCUUAAAUCCUUAUUUCUUAUGUGAUUAUUCUGUCAAUAUAUCCAUCCAGUCAUAUUCUACAGCC